AGCAGGAGAUGAUGCAGCGAGCUUUUAUAGCUAUCCUCACCUUCUCUCUUGGGACAGCUCCAGGCCCUUUCUCUUCUGGCACAGCUCUCAUACAGGUUAAGAACUGCCUGAUCCUUUUCCUGAUUCAAGUGGAAUUGUUUUCUCUAGCAGGGGCUGCUCCCAGGUACAUCUGCACCUACUACGAUGUGGUUGAGUACCUGAACAUCUCCUCUCACAGCAAGCUGCAUGCACACAUACUGCCCAAGACAGACCUGAACAAGCCUGUGGAGGUCAAGAUGGAUUUCAUGCUGAUGGCUAUUCUCUCUGUGGUUGAAAAGCUCCAGACGGUCACUUUUUACUUCGUUUUGAACCUGGAGUGGAAAAACACUUUUGCAACCUGGAACCCACAGGAUUUCUGUAACAUUUCCAAAGUCAUUCUGCCCAUGGACUCCUAUUGGUCUCCCCCCAUCUUCAUUGUAGAGCGAGUGAAUGGACAAAACCCCAACUUGGAUUACAUGAGCAUCACGCACAACGGCGGCUUCAACUCCACUCAGCCCUUCCAGGCGACCUUAACCUGCAGCUUGAUGAUCUUCAAGUUCCCCUUCGACACCCAGACCUGCAACUUGAGCGUAGCCUCAUUUCUCUACCCAGUAACAGACCUGGUUAUGAAGACGAAGCGGACACCAGCAGAUAUGAUGAGAGACAGCCAGAGUUACUUCCUAACUGACGGAGAAUGGAAGUUCACCAACCUGAGCAUCAUUGAAUACAUGGAAGACCUGGAUGACGGACAGUUUUCUGUGGUCACCUACAUGAUUUCCAUGGAGAGACGACCCACCCUGUACAUUUUGAACCUGAUCCUGCCAACAUGCGCCCUGUAUCUGCUGGACAUGGCUGUGCUGUUUGGACCCAGCUCUCUCGAGGAGAAAAUCAAUUUCCAGAUUGCCAUCAUCCUCGGCAGCUCCAUGUUAGCUGUGAUUCUCAACAACAUCCUCCCAACGUCGUCCAACAGGCCCCCUGUAAUAGUGGUGUUUUUCCUGGGCACCUUCCUCCUCAUGAUCAUGGCUGUGUUAGACACCUUCCUCCUGUUGCACCAGCAGCACAAAUCCCUCUACUUAGACAAGGUUCUCAGAAGCUUCCAGCAAGACGUGCACACCAAGCUGACAAUGAGAACCAUGGCCAACCAGAGCACGAAACACCCAGCCAAGGACAGUGCCCAACAGCAGAACCUUCCCAAGAAGGCCCAGGAAAAGGGGCAACCACCCAAGCGCCACUGGCAACCACAGGAGCAGGACCUGUUUCUGCCUGUUCUGGAGAAGGUGCUUCUCUACAGCCACUUCUUCCUGUCCCUGGUUUUCUUUGCUAUUAUUUCUGUUAAAUGGAGCAGCUGAAGCCCAGCUCUGGGUCAGUUGCUCUCCCCGGUUUC